GAGCGGGCGGCGGGAAGGCAGUGGUAUCCGGCGGCCCGCCGCCCCCGCUAGGCCCGGGACCCGCACACCCGCCGGGCCGGGACCGCGCGCAGGCGAGGACCCGCCGCCCGGCCCGGGGUAGGGGCAGUCCCAGGGCGCCGACUGGCCGGCUCGGGUCCGAGGAGCCAGCGGCAGGGCGGCGAGGCGGGUGCGAUCCCAGCCGGCGCGGACCAGCGGGCCCGGAGCUCGGCGGGACGGAGCCGCGGCGCGCCGCCAUGCGCCGGGUGCUGUAGCCGAAGGCGCGGGCCCGAUGGAGCGGGCCGGGGUGCGGGGGCUGCGCGGCCGCCGCGGGCUGCCGGGGCUCGGGCUUGGGCUCUGGCUGGCGCUGCUGCUGGCGCGGCCGCCGUCGGGCCGCGCGGGGGCCCCCGAGGCGCAGGAGCCGGCGGCUCCGGGCACAGCGGCCCCAGCCGGGGGCGACCGCUGCCGCGGCUACUACGAUGUGAUGGGCCAGUGGGACCCGCCCUUCAACUGCAGCUCGGGCGCCUACAACUUCUGCUGCGGCACGUGCGGCUACCGCUUCUGCUGCCACGACGGGCCGCGGCGCCUGGACCAGAGCCGCUGCUCCAACUACGACACGCCGGCCUGGGUGCAGACUGGCCGGCCGCCCGCGCGCGCCCGCGACGCCGCCGCGCCCCGGGACCCGGGCCGCGAACGCAGCCACACGGCCGUCUACGCGGUGUGCGGCGUCGCCGCGCUGCUGGUGCUAGCGGGCAUCGGGGCGCGCCUGGGCCUGGAGAGAGCGCACAGCCCGCGCGCGCGGCGCACCGUGACCAGGACACUGACGGAGCUCCUGAAGCAGCCCGGCCCCCAGGAGCCACUGCCUCCACCUCUGGGCCCACCUCUGGGUAGCUGUGUCCAGGUGCAGAUGGGUGAUGGCCUUCCCCGGGGCUCCCCCCACAAAAGCACAGAUAAGAAACGCCCCAACAACGUGCCCCUGGGUUCGGUGACUGCGGGGCCCCCACGCGCACCCCGGCUGCAGGGCGGCAGCAACUUGACGCUGCAGCCCGACUUCGCCAAGUACGCCACCCUCAAGGCAGCCUCGCUCAAGGCCGCAGAGGCCUCCGCGCCAGAUUUCUACCGGCGUUUUCCCGCCACGGAACCCGCCCCGCUGACCCUCCCGGUGCGAGCCCGGAGGCCUCCCGAGGACUUGCCUGAGCUGCUCGACGCCUGCCCCUGGGCGCCCCCGGGCUACGCGCCCCCUGCCGGCUCCACCCCAUCGGACCACUACAAGGCCUGGACCGCCGGCCGCCCAGUCCGGCCCGCUACCCGCGGCCACCUGGCGGUUCACGCCUCCCCCGCGCCGCGACGGGCGGGCCACGCGCCCCGGAGCCAGUUCAGCGUGGAGAAGCUGCCCGAGGCCUUCAGCCCGCAGGCCCCUGGCCUUUACGGCAGCGCGGUCCGCGGACCCCGGCACCUGAGCACCAACAGCAAAGCUGAGGUCACCGUGUGAAGAAGGGGCUGCCGAUUCUCUUGGAGGCGUUGCAGCGCCGGGAGCCCUCUUCUGCCCAGGAGACUUGCCACGGGCCUCAUCGGGUGGGCCCAGGCCGUGGAAGGAGGGGUGCCAGCCUUGAAGUCCAGCCCUUCUGCCUGCCCAGACUGAACCAGGAGAAGCCUUGGAGUCUUGCAGGGCUGAGGCCCACUGGAUAAGGCCAGUGGUUCUGUCCUGGGGGCUCCUUGUGUAAGUAAACCCUUUUCUGUGACUCCCAUCCCUGAGAAUAAAGGGGCCCCAGCUUGGCUCUGA